GGGUUCCUCCUCUUUCCUCAAAAACUCUACGGACAGUUGGAUACUCGGGAAAAGCAGAAGAACAAAGUUACACAAAGCCAUUGGUCAUUACAGUAGGAGCUCAAACCCUACGUCACUCAUUCCUGUAUGCCCCCAAAUGCCCCAUACCCCUACUCGGAAGAGACCUUCUGGUAAAAAUUGGAGCCAUUAUUCUGUGCACCACAGAUGGACUCAUUGUACAUCUUCCAGGACAAAAACCAACAAAUACUCUCUUACAACAUGGACACAGAAUUCUCAUGAUGGGGCCUGAAACAAAACAAGACACACCACUAGAAACCACUCAGGUUAAUUGGAUCAGACUGUGCAGCACCACAAUCGAUACACCAGAAAUACAGCGACACUACAUGGAAUGGAAACCAUGGAUCAACACACUGGGCCCAUACGGGCCUCCCCUGGAUCCCCUACACUGUACCUACAACUACCAACGCAGACCAGACGAGGAAUACCAACAAGCAUGGGAAGAAGAUAAAGAACAAAUGACUGAACAACUGUCCAUCACUGACAUCUAUGUGGGACCACAAGGUGUCGCUGCAUACUGUGAACUGACUCCUGAACAGAAAACCUGGUAUACUCUGGGACAUGAAAGUGAGCCGCAUGUAACCCUUGCUGUAGGAGUUGGAUAUGAAGCAAGAUCACUAGGACCCAUGAUAAAGACAGCACUAACUAAAGACUGGCAACAAACCACUGUCCCAAAAGUGCUCCGCUCAUCAGAUGGAACUAUGUGGAAAAUUAAGCAUGCUGGAACAGAUAUUGGAAUACUGGAAAAGCAGGAGUUGGACAGAGAUCAUGGAAGGGAACAUACUAACCACCCAGAUGCAGAACAGUGUCUUUCACUAGUCCCAGAGAAAGUGUGGACCACACAUCCUUAUGAUGUAGGAUGUGUCCCCGCCCAUCAGAUCACAGUCCAAUUAAGACCACAACAAUUACCCUGCUGGAAACCCCAGUACAGACUGAAACAGGAACAAGUUGAAGGGAUUGACGACACCAUACAGGGAUUACUGACAGCAGGUGUAUUAAGGCCAACUCAAUCUCCAUGGAACACACCUAUAUUGCCAGUCCCAAAAGCAGAAAACAAAGGAUGGAGAAUGGUACAUGACCUACGACAAAUUAAUCAAGCCACUACCACCGCAAACAUCCCUGUCCCAGACCCCUAUGUUGCUUUACAGAAUCUGAACCCCACCCACACCCACUUCAGUGUCAUUGACCUAGCCAACGCAUUCUUCUGCCUGCCUCUCGCCCCAGAAGUACAAGACAUAUUUGCCUUCACCUACAAAGGACAGCAGUACACAUACAACCGUAUGCCGCAAGGUUACAAAGACAGCCCAGGAUUUUUCAACCAAGCAUUGAGAAAAAAUCUGAAACAUCUCCAACUGCCAUCAGGAACUGUCCUAAUUCAAUAUGUCGAUGACUUAUUGUUAGCAAGUCCAUCAGCACAAGCAUGCCUAAAAAGUACUACAGAUCUUUUGAUACUCCUUGCCAAUGCAGGAUACAAAGUCAAAAAAGAAAAAACACAAAUAUGCAGACGAACAGUUACAUUCUUGGGAAGACUAAUUUCUGCAAACAGCCUCACUCUGACAUCAUCACAAAGAACAUCCAUUCUCUCACAUGGAAAGCCAAAAACUGUGCAACAAAUGCUUGCUUUCCUUGGACUUACAGGAUACUCCAGAAAUCAUGUGCCAGAUUAUGUAUCGCUCACACAACCACUCAGGGAAAUGUUGUCAGUGGCCGGAAAUCGAAAUCUCACUGCUACCCUUGAUUGGACCCAAGAAGGAGAAGAAGCUUUCACCCGUACCAAACAAGCGCUAGGACAAGCAGCACACCUCUGCUCCCCAGACUACACCCAGCCAUUCUAUCUUGAUGUUUCAGAAACAGGAAGCAUUGUGAAUGCCGUUCUGUUUCAGAAAAAGGAGGGAGAGAGGAGAGUACUAAUGUAUCACAGUUCCAGAUUGGACAAUAUUGAACAAGGACAAACAGGAUGUGCCAGACAUCUAGCAGCCCUGACUAAGGCCAUAGACAAAACAUCGCAUGUGGUCAUGUGCCAUCCCCUGAAAAUCAACACUACACAUGGAGUAAUUGCAUUCUUAAGCUCCAGAGCAUUUACUUUCUCCCCAGUCAGAAAAAUCAAGAUUUCUGACAUCCUGACCCAACCACACAUCAGUUAUGAAACAGAAAGAACAAACAUGGCCAACGGACUGAAUUCAGAAGAACAUGUACCACAUGACUGUGAAUUUGUAGCACAAAAAGACCUGAAGCUCAGAGAAGACCUGCAAGCAAGCCCGCUGGAGAAUCCAGAAAUCACAUUGUACUGUGAUGGCUGCUGCUACAGAGGAGAACAGGGAAAUGUAGCCUCAUAUGCAGUGGUGCAACAACAGGGACAGCAAAUUGAGACCCUAAACUCUGCCAUCAUUCCCCAACCAGCUUCUGCCCAAUUAGCUGAAGUGAUUGCAUUAACCAAAGCUUUAGAACUAGGGAAAGACAAGAGAGUAAACAUUUACACUGACUCAGCAUAUGCACAUGGCGCAGUACACAUAGAUGGCCCACAAUGGCUAAGGAGGGGAUUUUUGACCAGUCAAAAGACUCCAGUCAAACACGCCGGUGCUCUCCAAGACCUUCUCAGAGCCAUCUUACUCCCUACACAGAUAGCAGUAAUAAAAUGCAAAGGUCACCAAAACUCAACCUCACCUGUAGCUAAAGGAAAUGAUGCAGCAGACAAAGCAGCUAAACAAGCAGGAGGUUAUAACAGACAAUUGAUAUGUCUACAGACAGAGAACAGCCCCGAACUAACCAAAGAACACAUACAGAGAAUGCAAGAACAGGCAGGCCCCUAUGAACAAAACCAGUGGCUUUCAAAAGGCGCAAAUAAAACAGAUGAAGGUAUUUGGAGAACACAUGAUGGUCGUUUGGUGGCACCUGCAGAACUCUGUCAUUUAUUAAUUAAAGAAGCCCAUGGACCCACCCAUGUUGGUAGGAAAAGAACCACUAAAGGAGUGGAGAUUCAUUGGUGGCAUCCUUACAUGAAAGAAAUGGUAGAAAACUUUAUUAACGACUGCGGGAAAUGCAAUGCUUUCAAUGACAGGAGACCUUACAAAUGUCCAAUGGGACGUUUUCCGGUUCCAGAUGCUCCAUUUAAAGAAAUCUGUAUAGACUUUACAGACAUGGGGGCAGAUAAUGUAGUCCAAACUGCUACCAAAGCACCGUGGAACGAAACAGAGACUCCUGUUGGGCCUGGAGACUGGGUGUGGGUGAAAGUCCACAAGAGAAAGUGGGCUGAACCCAGGUGGACAGGACCGUGGGAAGUGAUUGAGCACUCCACCCACGCCCUGAAAAUUAGAGGUGUGUACCUGUGCCCUGCGCCUGACGCCACGUAA